UGCGCCCUUUCGUGUCCAGCGUUCUGCUUGCCCUUGUAGAAGUACUUUGCAUCGACUCAUCCUUUCGCUCGUUUUCACCGUUCUCGCCAUUCUGCUCAGGUUCUGGAAUCAAGGUUUAUACCCUGCUGCAAUUUAACGACUGCAUACGAUACAUACCGCGCCGACGACUCUCCAAUCCCCUACUUUAUUGCUAUUUUACUGCAUGGCUCAAGCAUUAUUUGAAGAUCACCCUUUGAAGGAGUACCUGAGAGAAAUUGGAGAGGAUGUGCCUACCAUGCCGGGAGGGAGCGCCGACUUGGGAGCUCCUUGGGAAGAUGGAGAUGAUGAAGCAGCCGGAGAUGACUUUGAACUUGAUCAAGACUGGAUGCCGCCCCUAGUGUUAAAGGCGCUAACGGUCAUCCAAGAUCUACUGUCGUCACUGCAUCCUCCAUCCAAUUCUCGUUUCGAGGAACAGUUCAAGUACGACGUUAUCUCCUCCAACCUCCUCUCCGCCUCUCUACCCGUCCCUUCCUCUACGCGCAUACACGCAUAUACCUCUCACGAAAACGUUCCGCGUGUACCCGGCCAUCUUCAAAGCAAUCGGGACACGAGCAUAGACGAAUCCCCAUUCGGCGCGAUCGACAUCACAGACCCCCCAGCCUCUUGUGCUCAAUUUCGUCAAGCACCCAUCACAGACGUGGACUCAGCGUUCGCUGUCGCUCUUAGUCAUCAUCACUUGCCUCAUAUCUUGGUCGCUGUAGCCGCGGUAUUAGGUGUAUCGCGCUUCUACGCAUGCGCAUUCAUUGUUUCCCUCUGCUCAUUAUAUUUCGCUCUUGAUCUUCGUCAAGCACUGCCAAAUACCUCACCUCGUCAGGACCCAGCCACAAAUGCUCUAGAAGUACUGCACGAACUGAUCAAUGCAGGGAAUGUCUGGGACUCGGCGGUGAACGAAGCGUUCGGCAUCGUCGAACUGGACGAAAAGAGGCACGAGAACAGUGCCUAUUACAGCCCCGCAUCGCCUUCGAGCCCGACCUCGCCCUUACGCAUAUCCCUCCAGACCACGCUGCACACGACGGCUUCGCAGUGCGAUAACAUCCGUCAACUGCUGUCCGCGCUCACGUGCCCGACGUCGCUUUCCCAAUUGUCUGAGAUGUAUGCACCGCCGUCUCCGUCUGCGUCCCCUAUGAGGCAGACGUUUGCUUCAUCUUCCUCCGGGCGCCCAACGUCUUUUCCCGAGCGCUCGUUGAGGAUGAGUAGGGUACUCGAUGCAGAGAAUGAGAAGGAGGCGAAGAGGGCUACUUGGAACGGGUCGUAUACGUCCCUCGCGUUCUCCGGAAAGGAUCGCAGGAAAGAGAAGAGAAGGUCAGAUCUCUCGUCUCUGCUACAGGCUCCGGGUUCGGGGAGCACCAGCGCUCCUGCGACGCCAAUGUUGGCGGAGGUGACGGAAGAAGAUGCGACUGAGCAUGACCAGGACGGGGACGCUGGUGCUGAUGCUCAUCCUCCCAGCUUGGAUGUCAAGCCGGAGGAGGAACCCGACCUUUCCGAGGAAUAUUUCGGCAAGGACGCGCUAGGCUUACGAAGGAAACGGAGGAUCCGAGGACUUAACUCGGUCCUUGGGAUGUCCACCCCUCCCUCCUCGGCACCGUCAUCGCCUCAGUCCCCCCGCUAUCAGAGCGAUCCUCGUCCCAGGACGAUUUCCCUCAAAAACGAAAGCCGCACAAGGACGACGUCACUCACCAAGCGGAGAUCGAUGGCUAACUUAUCUACAUCCCUUUCUUCAGGCUCGCGCUACACGCUCCUCCCAGCUUCUAGGCACCCCCUCUCGCUCUCGUCUAUCCAGACCUCGCUCCACAGCGCCAUCGCCGCCAAGCGGUACGCCUGCGCGCACCUGCUCGCGCUGCGCUUCCGGGACGACGACGAGGCGUACUGGGAGGACGUGCGGAGCGUCGUGGGCCUGCUGAAGAGCACGUUCGAGGACGCCGCUGAGCGUCUCGCGGAGGCGUGUGAACGGCACGCGCGCGAGGGCAGCAUGAGCCCCCUCGGCGGUCACUCACGCGUGGUGAGCCUCGAGGAGGCGCCCGGGAAGAUGAGAGCCCGGGAGGAAAAGGAGCGAACGGCGAAGGUGAAGGAGGAGUUGCUCGGGGCGCCGUCGUUUGCGCCGAUGCCCAGCCAGCUGACGCGGUUCGCGACGCAUGUCGAUACAAUAUCGACCGCGCUGACCGAUGCGCGGGAGCAGCUGGAGGAGACCAUGCUCGCUUUACGAUCUCCGGGUCAUCAGGUCCCCCGUGAAGACGAGGAGACAGCAAAUGAUGCUCCUGAAGGUCCACGAGAAGCGCACCCCGCGCUGCAAGCGUAUGAGCGCCUCCGGCGGGAGCUCGGUCUGGCUCUUCGAGAGUGUGAACGCGGGAGGGAACGCCUGCUCGACAUCCUUACGCCCCGGCGCCAUGCCGGUGAGGAUACGGAUGGCGAUUUAACAGACGAACUGCCUGCGCUUGGGCCGGACGUCGGGAGCGAUGAGUCCGACAAGCACGACUCCUUGACGCCUAUCAUCGAUCAGGGAGCAGCAGAACUCGUGGCGGUGGUCGACCCGGCGGACGAGGCGCUGGACGACGCUACGUCGCAUUUGCUGCUCGGCACUUCGUCGCAGCAUCUGCCCCCGCCCGGCGUCGAGCAGGUGUUCGAGAGCGAUGCCGCGGAGCGCAUGUCGUUUACCAGGGAGAAGUCGAAGCUCUCAAGAGAGGAGCGGAUACGACUGAUGAAGGAGCGGAGGGAGAAGGCAGGCAGUCUCUACCUGGGCCCCUCGAAUGUCGACUCUUUGGACUCGCCACCGCCAUCUGAGAAGUGGGGACCUGGAGGGGAUGUCGUCCAGGAGCUCAAAGACGUCAUAUGGCAAGUCGGGGAGAAGCGGCGGAAGGUCAGUGAGGGUCGUAAGGCUUCGCCUAGUCUCCAACAGGAGACGUCUUUGCAGAGUUCAGCACCUGGGACUCCCGCUGAUGAGGUGCGGACACUGUCGUAGAGUGUGUCUUGACGCCACGUAUCGUAUACUUAUAUGCUAUUCUUACGCUGUACUUACUGUUGCUGCAUAAUUGACGCUCUUACAUGGCUGCACGUCG